UGCCACUGGAAUGAAAGAUCCCUGCAAAGAUGGAUUUUUCCCCCCGGCUGUUUGCUGUUGUACUCUUAGCUCCUGGUACAGCCUGGACCAUAGCAAGUAUUCAAUAAAGACUUGUUGAAUGAAUGCAUGGACCGGCUCCAAGAAAAGAGGCUCCUGACAUUGAACCCAGGUGACUCACCUAGGGGCUGUGUACUCUCAGAUUUUGCCUCUGUGAGGGGAAUGCAGCCUCAAGGUGCCAUCUUUGUGGCCCUUCCCCACCUGGGGCCCAUCCUGGUCUCGCUGCUCACUCGUCAUCGGAUGAUCCGUUGGUAUGACAUUCCAAAGAAGCCGCCCUGGUGCCCACCUCACAAAGUCUUGUUGGCAGGGUGGAUAACCAUCUACUUUGUCAUGGGCUAUGCCUCCUACCUGGUAUGGAAGGACCUGGGAGGGGGCUUUGGGCGGCCCCUGGCCCUGCCUCUCGGCCUCUAUGCUGUGCAGCUCGCCGUCAGCUGGGCUGUCCUGAUCUUCUUCUUUGCAGCCCACGCCCAUGGUCUGGCCCUGCUGCACAUGCUGCUGCUCUACGGGCUGGUGGUAAGCACAGCCCUGAUCUGGCAUCCCAUCAACAAGCUGGCUGCCGUGCUCCUGUUGCCUUACCUGGCCUGGCUCACCGUGACCGCUUCUAUCGCCUACCACCUGUGGAGGGACAGCCUCUGUCCGAACCACCACCAGCCUCUGCCCAUGGGAGAGAAGAGGGACUGAGGCCCCAGGGACAGGAGAGGAGGGAGGAUGGCAAGGUAGGGGUAGAAGAGAACGCCAGUGGGGGCAUGGGACUACUGGGGGGAGAGGGAAAGGGGGAGGGGGGACCAGGGAUUGAUGAAUCCCUGAAGAUGACUCGGCCCAAUGUGGUCACUGUCCUAGGUCCCCUGGUGCCAAUUUCCAUUCGAUUUCAGAAACAGGAAAGGGAAGGGGAAACUUAUUUUAUACUUAAUAUAAAUUAAUAAAACCCUUUACUAACUUUAAA